CAGGAAUAAUUGUAAACAAAUUGAUUACAACUCAAAUAAGGUUUUCAAUUGAAUAUUUGACAAAAUGGCAAGUGGUUGUACUGUUACAUCUAAGAUCUGUCUGAUACUUGUUGGUCUGAUUUUCUGGGGAGCAGCAGCAGGACUAUGUUUUGUUGGAUCUUGGGUAUAUUCUACCUAUUCUCACUAUGAUGAAAUAGCAGAAGCCAGUUUAACUCUGGUUCCAGCUGCUAUUAUAGUUACUGUAGGAGUCUUUAUGUUUAUCAUUGGAUUAAUUGGCUGUAUUGCUGCAUGUAAAGAAAGCAAGUGCAUAUUAGCAGUGUUCUUCAGUUUGAUUCUAUUGGUAUUUUUGGCUGAAGUGACAGCCGGUGUGACUGGUUAUUUGUAUAGAAAAGAUGUUAAAAGAACAGUGUCAGACGGUCUACAUAACAGUAUUAACAGAUAUAAUGAAACCAUUCAAAAAGAUCAGGUUGAUUAUGUACAACAGGAGCUGAAAUGCUGUGGUGUGAACAAUGCUAGUGACUGGUUGACGUCUGCCUACUGGGGACAUGAACAUAAAAAUAUAGUACCAACAAGUUGCUGUAGUAAUAAUAACUGUACUGGAUCGUUGGUUCCUAGAGAUCCUCUUGUCUUUAAAGAGGGGUGUUUGCCUUUAGUGGAAGAUAAAUUCAACUCUAACCUUGUAUAUAUUGCCAGUUUUGCUGUAGCUUUUGCUGUUAUUCAGAUUUUGGGAUUGAUCAGUGCUUGUAUCUUGUUAUGCAGAAGUCAAGAAGUGAGAUAUGAAGCUUUAAAUAGUGCUGAGAGAAAUGGUCUAAGAGUUUAAAGUAUUCAACUUUAUUUUAUAAUAUGAAAAGGCUGCUACUUAAAGCUAAUGGCAAAUAGCAAAUUCAUCGAAAAAUUAUUAUUUCUGUUUUGAUACACAGCUUUUUGGCUACUUUUGCAAUUUCUGUGUUUUUUUUGACAAUCUCUUCUGUUCUUGAAAUAUAAACUUUGUCAUGAUAUUUAUUUUUGAAAUGAAAAAUUACGGUUUCGGUCUUUUCAUAUUAUACUUUACUUUAUUUCACUGGUCAAAUUCCAUCCACACUUAGAUGUCUUACAACAGUUUUAUUGUAGACCAUUUCAUAGUGCUCAAACGGUUACUGAUUUUUACUAUUCACAGAUUCUUAGCUACUAUUUGCUGAUCUGAAGGAGUAGAAAGUAUAUCUGGUUACUUACAAUGUAUUCAUGGUUACAGAUUUUGGAAAAAAAAAAUUCCAAAAAUCUUUUUUUGUGAAGUCGAUAAUAUAAGACAUUCUGCAACUGUUUAUGAAAAUUUGACCAACCUUAAAUUUUGUGCUAAAAUUUUGUGAUAUUUGGCCAUUACAUGCAGCCCCUUUGUUAGGGUGGGGUCCGUGGGGGCUGAGUCCCAGCAAGUGAGAAUUAAGUCCCAGUAAACCUUCAUUUCAGCAGAGAUUGAUUCAUUUACAGUGUCUUUUAAAAAAUCAAAAAGAUAUAGAUUUUGAUACGUUUUUAGCCCUUCAAAAUUGUCAGAAAUGAGUUCUCUGGGCCUUUAAUUCUUCAAAUUUUUUGAGUACAAAAUCUGAGCCCCAAUACCAAUUCAUAUCUGGUGAUGGGGCUGAAAUACAUGUAGGCCUAUCUGUAUAGUAAAUUUGAUUGGUUUGUGAUUGCUGCAAGCUAAUCUGGAGUUACUCGUUUGAGCACUAAUUUUAAUACUCAUUAUAUUGUAAGAAAUAUUGUACUCGUGCGUGGCUAUUAUUAUCAAGACUGGAUAUAGUCUGAUCGAGACCUGGAAACAGUUCUUUUUACUGGUCAACCUUCAAAGCAUUAUUGAAUUUUAUGAUAAGAUUUUCUGUGAAAUGGGACCCUAACUUACAUUAAUCCAUGUUCAAGUAAUGUAUGGUUAGAUAAAUUGAAUAUUUGGUUAUUGAAAUGAUGCAAGUCAGGUAUUGAUUGUGUUCAUACAACUUCUGCCAUAAAACAAAAUGGAACGCACGUGACAAAAGUUUCUGAAUGUGUCUGAAAAUUUGAGAUUUUUGUUUCAGGUCAGACUAUUUUCAGUCUUUAUUUUUUUAUGUAUUGAUGUAAACAUUGGUGGAAAUGGCUGUAAAAUCAUUAGAUUCUUGUUUUAGUCAGUAAUUUAAAAUUUUUACUAGUUUUGAUGUGGUAUGAAGGAAGAUCACUAUGGGUUAGUUUUUGGUGUCAUUUGGUUCAUUCUUCUUUUCAGGAUUGCAUUGUUUGAUCGUUUUUUAAUUGUUCACAAUUAUUAAUUCUUAUGAAUCACCUAACAAUCCUGGAUAUGUAUUCUCAAAAUGAUAUUAGUCCUGUUUUUCCUAGGGUCUUAUCUUCUAACACUGUUUCUAAGAUACCCUAAGACUAAGAUCAUUUUGAGUUUAUCUGGCCUGGGUCUCUGCAUCUCAAAUUGGCGAAAAAUGAAUGAUCUUUGAUAAAAAAUUGUCUGAAAUGUGAUAUAUACUGUUAUAAUUCUUAUUUUUUGCUCUUUUUUAUUUAUGAUUAUUAGUGGUGUAUUCUUAGUGUUUAUAGUGAAGGUUUGUUGUUGUAUAUGCUAGAAUUACUAACAAUUGUUUAUUAUAUUAUUACAUUACCUUGUAAGCUUAUGUAUUAAAGGUAUAUUACCUCUUAAGAUGACCAAAAAAUUAAAUUUUUAAACUUAAAAUGAGUCUUUGUUCAUCAGGGGACUUACCUGAUGUUAUAACUAAUUAAUAACUACAGGUAAUUUUGAAAUAUGCUCAGAAGUGUGUUUCAAUGAUUACUUAGUUUAAUGGAUAUAUUGCCUUAUAUAGAGAAGUCCAACUAAUGAAAAUACAGUAUACACUUGUUGACCAAGUUUGAGACAUUAAAUUUUAUGUCCAUUCUAAGAGGUAGUAUCUUUUUAAGUAAGCUUUAGAUUGGGAUCUUAUGAUUUUCUUGGUUUUACACAAGGAUCUGAUCUUGUGCAGUAAAGAUAUUUCUGCACAUUCAGGGACAAAUCUAAAAAUAUAGACAAAUAUUGUAGACUUGAACAGACAAGUUCUCUGGGGAAAUUACUGGUAUUACUUGGCAAGUCCAGAUUACCUAGUCUAUUUACCUACUAACUGUAAGACUGGUUGUUCAGACAUUCUUCACUGUUUUCUGAACAUGCAUAGUAACCUGUACCUGUAUUGGAAUAAUUUUAUGUAGGGUUGCCUAUGGGCAAUGGAUGGAGGUUUUCUGAACUUUUAAUAUGUAUAUCGGGGACACUAGCAUCAAUUUGCACCACUCUACAAAAAGAAGUGUUUUAACGACGUUUAAUCACAAAAUUUUCUUGAAUAAGGCACUCUCUGAUCAAACACUUAGGUUAAGUGGAUUGCAGGAACCACAGGCAUAUUACUACAAAAUUUGAAUAGUGGAAAAUGAUUCUAUCAGUGUCCCCAAUACACAUAAAAAAUUUUAGUUUUUGGUGUCAGAUCUGUUUUUUUUUUUAAUAGAUUUUCCUCUUUUUAGUUUGUAGGGUUCUGUCUAUGAAGCUUUAAGAAUGACCCAAAUAUUUGUCUUUUUGUCAAAUGUUAGUCUAUAUGCUUUCAGUAUAUUUAAUAAUUCCAUGCACAAUAAAACAUUAUAGAAAACAACU